AAUAUUUUAUUAGCCGUGGCUUCUUCUAAGGCUAAGCAGUUUAAACAAGGAAUAGGAAGGGAAAUGAGCGUCCCGCUUGUACUGACCCAGCCUCUGCAGCAGAGGGCGCCAGAUCCGCAGACUGAUCCAGGCAGUUGCAGUGGAGGGCGACCCUCCGAGGCACUUGCUACACGAGGCAGGAUGGGGAUGCGCCAGAGGAGGCGCACCGCCCUGCAGGGCGCGGAAUAUGAGGCGGUGUCAGCUCCGGGGCAGUCCGCACUGCUAGGCAGGGGGUGUUCACGGGGCGCGCCUCCCUCCGGGCAUAGGCCCAGGGCGUUUAAUGCAGGGGGGGGCACUGGGAGGGAUGUGCCCGGCACAGCUUCUCGUGGGGGCCGGUCUUGAAGGCGGAGUCGGGCAGCGGGAACGACGGAGGGACCCGACUGGGUUGCCCCGCGCCAGCCACCACCUUGGUGGCUGUAGUAGGAGAACAGUGUCGUACCGCUCUCCUCCCUCGCUUGGUGUUUGCAGGCUUCUCUGCCUUAAGGGCUGUGAAUGGAGCACGACGGUGGCUUUUGGCAAAGGGGGGCCCAGGGGGCAGGAGGAGUUGGGUUGGGCUCGGGAAGGUGCUGCUAGCUGGAAUGGCAGAUUUGAAAGGGCACUGCUGGAUGGCACUGGGAGGGGCCAGACUUAUAUGGGGACCAGUGGGUGGCACUGCAUGAGUAGAAGAGAGGAUCCACUCCACGCUGGUGAGGCACAGCGGGUUCUCAUUGCCAGUAGUGGGCACCUGAAAGUGUGUGGGCACAAAGGAAUCCCUUCGCACCCCAACCUGGGUCAGCCCUGCAGUGAUGAUGUCCUUCCCUGGUUGACAGCAUUCUUGGCAAUUGACGGAGAAUUGAGAAGGGGGGGAGAGCGCUGGGUAGCCCUGACAUCUGGCUGCAAUGGCCUGGCACAGGCUUGUCAUCUUGCUUGGGCUUUGCUUGGCUAGCUGCCUUUUGCCCCCUGCUCAGGGCUGUGGCCCAGGCAGGGGGCCGGUAGGGAGGAAGCAGUAUAGCCGCAAGAACUUGACACCGCUGCAGUACAAGCAGUUUGUACCCAACGUUGCAGAGCAGACCUUGGGUGCCAGUGGGAAAGCGGAGGGUAAAAUCGGACGCCACUCGGAACACUUCAAGGACCUGGUGCCCAAUUACAACCCUGACAUCAUCUUUAAGGAUGAAGAGAAUACAGGCGCAGACCGGUUGAUGACUGAGCGUUGCAAGGACAGAGUGAAUGCCUUGGCCAUUGCUGUGAUGAACAUGUGGCCGGGCACCAGGCUGCGAGUGACGGAGGGCUGGGACGAAGACGGGCACCACCUGCCCAACUCCCUGCACUAUGAAGGCCGGGCACUGGACAUCACGACGUCUGACCGAGAGAGAGAGAAAUAUGGCAUGCUGGCCCGUUUAGCAGUGGAGGCUGGCUUUGACUGGGUUUACUAUGAGUCCAAGGCGCACAUUCAUGUGUCAGUGAAAGCAGAUAACUCCAUGGCUAUUCGUGCUGGGGGCUGUUUUCCUGGUGAUGCUGCAGUGACUUUGCAGAGUGGUGAGAAGAGAGGCCUUUCAGAGCUUCGCCGGGGGGACUAUGUGCUCAGCGUAGAUCAGCGUGGGCAGGUGACACCAAGCGAGGUUUUGCUGUUCCUUGACCGCGACCAGCACCGGCAGACCACCUUUGUGGCCAUUGAGACGGACGGCCCUGCUCGCCGGCUCCUCCUCACACCUUCACACCUUGUCUUUGCUGCACGGGACCCAGCCAACUGCACGGCAGACUUUUCCCCUGUGUUUGCCAGCCGGGUGCGCGUGGGGGACUCGGUGCUGGCACACCAGGCAGGGGACAUUCAGUUGCACCCUGCCCGGGUUGUCCGUGUUUGGUGGCAAGAGGACAUUGGGGUGUAUGCCCCCUUGACUUUGCAUGGCACCAUUCUGGUGAACGGGGUGUUGGCUUCGUGCUACGCUGUCCUUGAGAGCCACCAGUGGGCACACCAUGCCUUCACUCCACUAAGGCUUGUCCACAGUCUCUUCUCACUGUUGCCUCUUAGGGGUGAAGCCAGGAACUGCAGUGUCCAGGAGGCAGGCGUGCACUGGUAUUCACAAUUUCUGUACCAACUGGCAGGGGGUGUGCUGGGCCAGGACACCCUUCACCUGUAGAGACUUGAAUGACAAUGUGUCUGCCUUACGGAUUUAAGCUCAUCAAGCCAUAAGACAAGGAUAGCCGUGUCAGAAACUAACUUUGUCCCACACCUUGUUGGCCUUGGCUUAGCAAUGACUCCUUUAGCUGGUGCCUCCUAAAAACAUUGCAGUAAAGAGGGCACAAAUAGGGGGAAAGGAUGUGUCAGCAGACGGACCAGCUUGCGUGUAUGUUGGAUUUGGAAAGCAUGAUUUGGUUAACUGAUACUAAUACUCCUGCUGUGGGCUGCAUACAGAAGACCCUGGGCUGUCUACAGAUGCGUCUGUGGAACUUUCAAAUAUCCAAGGUGCUCUGUGUUCCUCCUCCUAAAUUUUAGCAUAAAGCCAGUAAGCCCAUUGUCUAAUUUUUGUGGGUGGGAUGGAUUCCCCCCCCCUUCUUACUGUUGUCCUAAGUGAUCUCUGCUUGACAUUAGGGUAAAAAUGAGUUACAGCUCUUCUCCCUCUGCAGCUGCCUACCUUAGAUAAGCGGGGGAAGAGUGUGGAGGGGGAGGCAGAAAUGAGAUCUUGUGGGUCCAAAUGCAAAGGAGGUCUGGGAGAAUAGGUCUGUUGUUCUCCUCUCCCCACCCCCCUCUGGAGGUGCGUUGCAGUAACUUGGAAGUCAGAGCCAUGAAAGAUAACUGAGUAGUUAUUUGUUUUCUUCUCAUAAUUCUAGAGGUGUGUCCAUGAACCAGUGGGGGGGGGGACACGUGUGUCUCAAGAGGGGCUGGGCAAUGAGCCUGAGGCCCUAUUCGAAUGGGGGGGGGUUCUUUGAAACAUGGUGUGCACAGGAUCACUUUAACUUGGCAUCCUUUACUUAGCUGAGUCACAGCACUGGAUUCAGGAGGAAGAGGAGAGGUGCAAGAGGAGAGGCUCUAAUCUCUUGCAGGGGAUGGAUUCUCUUCUGUAGGCUGGGACAACUGAUUGGUUCUGUGAGGGGGAGCUGCAGCCCCUUCCUUCCCUUCCCUUCUCUGCCAUCUGGGCCUUAAUCAAGCCCUGUCUGCAUUUUACUGUUGCCAUUGAAGGUCAGGCAGGGCAAUCUUUAUACUUACUGCUGAAACUUAAAAUCCAUUCCUUCACUCUUAAGAAGUGCUGCUGUAACAGGUUUAACUCUCAGUUCCCGCUUCAGAGUUUUUAUUUUUAUAUGUAGUAAUUUUAAGUGUGAUCUGUUGCCACCUCUGCUCUCAUGGUGGGUAUUAAUUUGAGGUUUUGCCAGGAAGAGGAGUGGGAGGUUAUUUUUGCAAGCUGCAUUUAACUUCUCCUCCCCCCCUUUUUUACAGUAAUAUUUUUUAUGUAUGUUUUACUAAAGAGAAUUUCUCCAACACCUUUGACAAUAAAUGUUUUGUGGGGGAAGGCUCCCUGCUUGGA